CCCGACAUGAGUAGAUCGAGGCGGUGAUAAUGAUAUUCUACAAAGCAAAACAAACACUCGUGGGAAAUGGGCGAUGCUGAGCCGACCUUCCGAAGCAUAAAUAGUGGCCCUUUGUCCAGCUUCAGGUUAGAUUUCUUUUCAUUAUCGCCAUCGCAAGCUUCAGUAACAGUCGAGAUACAAUACUUCGCAAAAGAUUCUUCAAGAUGCAGUUGACCGCUCUCCUCGCUCUCGCCACUUUGGCCAUUGCCGCUCCGGCUGAGCCCUCCGAGGUUGCUCCCCGUAACGUUCUCACCGGCCCUUGCUCUUCUGGUGUCACCAACAGCAACCCUCAGUGCUGUGGUGCUGGUAUCCUCGGCAUCCUGUACUUUGACUGCGAAACUCCCGAUGAAGUUUCCUCUCCCAUCAACCCCUUGAAGACCAUUUGUGCUGCCGAGGGUCUCCAGGCCAAGUGCUGCACCCUCGGAAUUGCUGGUCUCGGUGUUCUCUGCACGGAUGCUCUUCCCGAGUAAAUAUCUCUCGCUAGCCUAUCGCCUUUAUCAGGCUGCUCUUGUGACUGGGUUGUAACUUGAGGAAACUUGCGUACAAUGGAUGUGGCGAUGGAGUAUUAGGAGGGAAUGAAUGUCGCAACGGACGAAGUGGAGGAUUGGAACUCGGAUAUGGAGCCUUAAAAGCGGUUGGUAGUGUGUGUUCAGUUAAUAUAUACUUAUCCAGCCAAAGCAUCUUGAUCCAUGGAUAGCUAAUGGUCCCAAGGCCAUGUUAGCGAUUGAGUGAUAUAUGAGUCUCUGAAGCGCAAAUACGAGAGGGCUCCUAUCUAUAUUAUAAAGCCCUGACAGAUGAAGUUGACGUAUGCUUUGGCACUUUGGCGCACUACGGAAGUCACUCGCUUUCCCCUAUAUAUAUUCCAGCGUUUUGCCCUAAACAAUUUAAAUAUAGCCGUCCGUCCUGGUCUAUCACUAGAUGAUCGC